AUGGACGGCUUCACGCAGGACGGCAGCAAUGGCCUUGACGGCCAGCAGAGCCCCGCUGACUUUGCGCGCAUGCUCCAAGCCCUGGAAGCCAUUUUCGACCCACGCUCCUCCAACACCACGCGCCAGGAUGCUUCGGCCUACCUCGAGCAGGUGAAGCAGCACCGCGACGCACCCGCCUACGGCUUCCAACUUGCCCUCGAUGCCUCGCACCCCGUGCACCUCCGCUACUACGGCCUCACCGUGCUGGAAUACUCGAUCAAGUAUGGGUGGGAAGAUUUCAGCGAGGAGCAGGCCAACGCCAUGCGCGGCUGGGUCGUCCAGCUCGCCGAGGGCGCCGUCCAGCAGGGCCCCGUCUACGUGAGGAACAAAAUCGGACAACUAUGGGCCGAGGUGGCCAAGAGGAGCUGGGGUGCGGAGUGGAUGGACAUGGACGAGCAGCUGGUGCGGCUGUGGGCAUCGUCGCUAGAGCAUCAAGGCUUGGUCUUGUACAUACUCGAAACCCUCGCCGAGGACGUCUUCAACAGAGAGGAUCCUGUCGCCAGCCUGCGUGGCAACGAGCUGGGCAAGGCCUGUGUCAGCAUCUUCACCCCCAUCGCCGUCAUCCAGGAAGAGCUGCCCGGUCGCGACCCCAACCUCGACGUGCGCUUCGGCGACGAGGGCUGGGUCAAGCGCGUCUGCGACCUGCUUGACUGGUGUCUGGUCAACAAUGCCGAACAUGACGACAAUGUCUGCCACAUCGCCGUCAAGGCGCUGAAUACCCUCCGUUCGACCAUGUCGUGGUUGAUUCCCAAAGUCAUCGUCUCCACUGACAGUAUUAACCACAUUGGAAGAGCACUCUCCGUCCCCAUUAUCCCGAUGCAAACGGCUGCGGUCGAGGCUCUUUUUGCCAUCUACGCUCGCCAAAACUUCGGCGACCAAGACUUCAUCGACAUCAUAUGCCCCAUGUUCGCACCGCAGAUCGUUAAUCUCAUGGCCCAGCUUUUCCAAUGGACCUCGAAGGGUUUGGAUGCCAACGACAUAGACGAGCCGAAGUACACUUUAUCGAAAAAGCUUUCUGAGCUGCUGUCCAAUUUGGGUAGCUUCGUGGAGGCUAAGCCUAGCCUCAUUCCCGAGGAAAGUGACAUGCCCGCCUUCCUGAGGCUCUUGUACGAGGUCCUCGGGCACCCUAGUCUCGUCGUUUCCAUUCCCGUUCUACAUGCGUGGACAAGACUGCUGCGCACUCGUUCCAUCAGAGAUUCUCCUGCGGUGCUACAAUUAGUUCCUGCCCUUCUAGAGACUUGCAGCUCUCGCUUAUUGCGCUACGAAGCCUUGCCUGAGGAUUCGGACAACCCUACCUUCGUGCUCCUGAUCGAGGAUCUAGACACGGCGCCCGAAAGACAUGCCUUCCUCGGAAACUACCGUAGGUAUUGCGUUGAUGUCGUAGAGGUGAUUGUUCGCAAGAUGCCACUGGAUGCCAUGCAGCAUAUUCUCGGUCAAGCCACCAGCUUGUUCACUAAUCUCUAUGACGGUCUCGCUCCUUUCUCGCCGCAUACCUUCUCCAAGAACUCGCCUUCUGUGCUCCGAGCGGACGCUCAGGUCACUGUCGUUGAUGCGGCUCUGAAAGGCUACUUGAAAUGGAUUGCCGGUCACGGAUCCGAGCCUGAAGAAGAUGAGGGCAAUAGGAAGACCAUGCAGGAUGCGUUUGAGGAAUGGUGCCAGGGCGUCCUCACCAUUCGCUUUGAGGAUCCUGAAAUCAAUAGGAAGAUCAUUCAGCUCAUGGUCACAUUCGCCACCAAGGCAUUGUCCUCCAGGCCAAGCUUUGCUUUACAGUUGCUCGAGUACAUCCUGAACCUGCCCCUGCGCGACGAGCCUUCAGCACCGCCUUACUCCGAAGCGGUCAAGGGUUUGGAACAAACCUGCACCGCUGAGAUCCAGAGACUCGCCAUUGCUUUCCCCGAUCACUUCCUGUCAGUAUAUGACGAGCUCGAGCACAAGAUCAACGAUAUCGUGAACAACCGCCUCAUCGAUGAACGGCAGCGGAUGGGUUACACAUCAUUCCUCUUCAUCAUAGUCCACCGCGCCACUACGCUGGACCGCGAUGUUCGGGAAACCCGCUUGAAGCAAAUGAUGGACAUGGUAAAAGAGGGCUGGACGAAUCCCGAGCUGAGCGCCUCGCUAUCCUCGUUCCAAUCGUUCUGCGAAAUGCUCGGUCUCGGCGAUAUCACAGACUUUUUCGUGUCCCGUGGCUUCCACAGAGUCUCAGACUGGGCGCAACAGCAACUGGAUGCUGAAGGUCAGGCAAAGCAAGCCGAGAUUCUGGCCCGUUUCCAGAGGCUGCCGCUCCGGCUGACGAAGAAUCUCCUGGGCGCGUCGACAGAGAAACUGCGCGAAAGCUCUCAGCCAUAUGAGAUUGCAUGUGCACUUUGGUCAGACGCCCUUCCCGCAGUGUUGCCCAAUCUCCUACAGCUCGUCAGCCACGCCCAGGCCUUCAUGAACAUGCGCAACUGGUCCCACCUGCCUGGGGAGAUGCAAGUGGUCAUGAAGCGUGUCCUUACAGAUAGGUUCUGGCAGGCUGGCAUCUCAACUGAGAGCAGAGACGACUUCUUUGCGCGGGUUAGCGGAUCCAAAUCAUCCUAUGAGGGAUUUGCGUCGACGGUACGCGGUACGGUCAGGCAGAUCCGCGAGGUCUGCUACUACAUUCUUUACGGUUUCACCAGGUUCAAAGACCACUUUUAUGGCAUCAGCGAUCUCCCUGUUCCUCUCAGUCAAGCGCUGUUCGAGAAUGCCCAGGCGCUCUCCGCACAUCACGUUUCCGUGCUCCUCAACAUCUCCACACAGCUCAUUGAGAACUGUCCCGUCCACCUUCGGCCGCAGUUCCUCCCGCCCAUCGUAUCAAGUCUUUGCAACGAACUCGACACCAAGAUCCGCACCGAGUGGGACACCAUCAACAGACAGAUCAACCAAGCCGGCGACCAAGACAACCUCGGUGAUGAAAUGAAGAACGAGAGCAUCCUCCGCCAGCUCACGCAUGCAGCCGUGAUGCUGGUCUCCCUUCUCCUCGAGGAUGUGCGGUUCGACAACACGUCCUCCAACCACGACCUCUCGACGGCGGAGGCCGCGGCGGCCGCCAAAGCAGAGCGCAUGUCGACCUUCAUCCUCGGCACGCCCUCCGUCUUCGAGCCCGUCCUCGUCUUCUGCCGCACCGUGCUCCGCGUCCGCGACACGCGCUGCGUCACGCUCGUCUCGCGGGUGCUGCGCACCGCCGCGCCGCACCUCAAGGAGCACGGCCCCGCCCGCGGCUACCUCUGCUGCGACGUGCUGCAGGCCGCCAUCACCUCGCUCCACGAGCCGCCCUUCGUCGACGCCCAGAAGGACCUCGCCGCCCUCAUCGCGCACAUCAUCCUGCUCGACCCCCACCAGGCCCACGCCAUCAUCCUGUCCCUGCCCGGCCUCAGCACCCGCCCCGACAAGGUCGACCGCGCCUUCGCCCACAUCCAGUCCGUCGCCAGCGAGCGCCAGCAGCGCGGCGUGGUGCUCGAUCUGCUGAGCAGCGUGAGGGGCGUGAGCAUCCACGAGCAGGGGAAGAUUGUCGGUCGUGGCGGUGGUGUCGGGGCGGAGAGGGGCGGGCCGAAGAAGCCGCAGGUGCAGGAGCAGUAUAUGGCGGUAGAGCAGGGGCCGGCGACGAUCAAGAGGGGGGGUAGUCCCGAGUUGGGGGGGUUGGCGGAUAUGUUUGGUUGA